AAGUAGUUUAAGGACCUACAAUGCAUUAAUAUUUGAGCCGAUGGCUGCCAAUAAUUUCUCUCCUUUUGCUUAAUUUGUUCUUUCAUUCCAAUAAGUUGAGCUCUCUGUACUGUGCAGUCUCGUGAUUGUCGCAGGAUGCAGUGUUGAACUUGUUCUUGUCAAAGUUCAGUUGAUCACUUGAUUGGCCUCAUGUGCCUAUAGGUUUGCUUUAGCCAUGUGCACUCGGCGUUUAGUGUGAAAUUCAGAGCACGAAACGAUAAUAAAACAGGGCAGAUACUAUCGAGGAAAGAACGAAAGAACAUGCUGAAAACAUGACUGCCCACUGUAGUCACCGGGGAGAUGCUAUCGUGGAGUAGAUUGAGAGGAUAGCCAUAUCAACCUUGUUUGUUGUGGAUAUGAACCAAUCAUGCUUUGAGGGUUUUUUUUUUGGGGGUCAAUCAUGCUUUGAGAUGUUGGCAUGUGUUGGAAAACAAGUUCAGUCUCGUAUAUGUUUAGCAGUAUGUAUGAAGCGCUGAGACGUUGGCAUGGUGAGUUUUGCAUUGAUAAAAGGAAACUGUAAAUUAAUGCGCAACCCACACGAUUAGAUUUUAACCUCAUUUUAAAAUUUAAAAUAAAAUAGUGAAGAAGAGUAUCUGAAGAUUUAUAUGGAUAUCACUCAUAAAGGGGUUAGGAAAAACUCAUUAAGGAUUUGAGUUAGGAAAAAAAAACAAAAUGAAACAGUAGGAGUUUUAAUAUAAGAUUUUUUUUCGCGAAACAAAUUUAAGAAAUUUUAGUAGCAGAAGAAGAAAAGGAGGCUCAGUCCGUUGGCCGUUGCCUCGACGCCUCUUUUCCGUUCCCCUCCUCGAUCGAUCACCGCGGCGCUCCCACGAUCCACCCGCCAUGGCCGCGCGCGUCCACCACGGGUCCCUCCCGCCUCUCCUCCUCCUCGUCCUCGCGGCCGCGCUCCCCGCCGGCGCCCUCCGCUUCGACCUGCUUUCGGGCCACACCAAGUGCAUCUCCGACGACAUCAAGGUCGGCGCCAUGGCCGUCGGCAAGUACCACAUCGUGGCCCCCGACGACGGCACCCCUUCCCUGCUGUCGUCGUCGCAGCAGCAGCAGCUCCCGGACUCGCACCGCAUCUCGCUGCGGGUCACCUCGCCCUACGGCAACAGCCUGCACUACGCGGAGAACGUGCACUCGGGCAACUUCGCCUUCACGGCCUCCGAGGCCGGCGACUACCUCGCCUGCUUCUGGGCGCCCGACCACCGCCCGCCCGUCACCGUCGCGUUCGAGUUCGACUGGCGCAGCGGCGUAUCCGCCAGGGACUGGGGCGCCGUCGCCAAGAAGGGCCAGGUCGAAACAAUGGAGGUAGAGCUCAGGAAGCUGGAGGAUACCAUCAAAUCUAUCCAUGAAGAAAUGUUUUACCUUCGUGAACGGGAAGAAGAGAUGCAGGAAUUGAACCGGAGAACGAACUCGAGAAUGGCUUGGCUUGGUUUCCUUUCACUCGCCAUCUGCCUAUCAGUGGCAGGGUUGCAGUUGUGGCACCUGAAGAAUUUCUUUGAGAGAAAGAAGCUUCUAUGAUUCAUUCUUUUAUUGACCGAUAAGAUCUAGGCACAAAUUUUGUAUUAGCUUUCCUAUUACUUUUAUCUGCCAAAAAAUUCCUCAAGAGGAAUAAAGAUGCUAGUACAGCUGCCUUUUAUUUUCCUAGGCCAAAUUAAAUCGAUGUAAAGUUCAAAGCAGAAUCAGGUUUUCGUUUUCCUUCUUUU